CCGUGGAACUGUUUCGGCGUCGUGAACUAAGUCACUUUGGCCGGAACUGACGGUCCGUCCGCUAACCUACGCUAAAUGGAGCUGUGUGCUGGCCUCGACCAAUGACUGGGGACAAGAACGGCUUAGUCAGAAAGUGUAGGGAUGAAGCCCUCAUUGUUAUUGCUCAGUUAGAAGCCCCUGUUAGCUGGGGAUAGGAGCUUACAGGUUUGUCACAAGCAUUCGUGUGGGCCUAGCACAGAAUGGUGUAGUUAGGACCAUCUGAAGGUUUGCCAGAGUGGGCACACGGACCAGCCAGUUAAGUGUUUUUCGGGAGCACUACACAUACGACCGGCUCUCCCUCUCUCUCGAUGUCUAUGUUACUGUAGGAGAGAAGCCAGCCAGCCUUCCAAACUACAUGAAAAUUGGGUCCAGCGAGCCGCGGCGUGCCGACAGCCCAGAUUUGUGCGGGGUUCCUGCGAGGGGACAGCUAUCAUUGUACACUCACAAGGUAGCAUGGGGGAUUUCUGGUCCCCAAAGCGGAGGGAUGUAGUUGAGCGUCUUCGGCGAAGAAUCGAAGUAUACCGUCAAAAUCACGACGGUUGCAUCGCCAGGUACGAGCCGAGUAUCAACGCUCGCUACGAGCAGUGUCGACAGGAGACCCAGUUACUUCAGCGGAGGUUGUUAGAUAGCAGGGAAAAGAAAUCUACCAAACAGCAGAAAACAAACAAGGAGUCAAACCCACUGAGCGAACAAAGGAAUCUAGUUUUGACGCAAAAGUUGAAAAGAAAACUUGACAGCCACCAAGCCGCGGAGCACAACCCUGCCAUUGCUGAUUGUGGACCUUUUACCUUCAAUGAUGACCCACUGGAACCUCCUCCACUGAAGAAGAGAGCCGGCGGCGUGGAUCUUUCCGUGCAAAUUGUCCAGCAGAUCAACUCCCAACCAGAGCACAGCCAGACAAUUGAAACAAAUGUGACUGUCAGUUCUACCCUAAAAUCUUUACAUGGUAAUGGCAAUGCCAAUUCUCCGCACCUACAAACUGGAGGUCAAGGUUCCACAAGUAUCCGCACCUCCACCAGUGUCGAAUGUAAGCAGGAACCUGAGGACAAUCCUUGUUUAGAACUCCAGGGAGGACAUCCGGGGUUCACCUCUGACUUUGAUGACGAUCUUCAAGCCUUGUUAGAAACCCUCGAAAAAGACGGUGAUAUAACUGAGGACAUUAUUAACGACUUAGUGAAGUUAGACAAAUUUGAUGAGGUCUGCUUCAAGGCGAGUCGCGAUGCGAAAGAUUCUGUGACAAAUGACCCGAUGAAUGUGUUAAGCCCUGCUCCUCCUAAAGGCACCUCUCCCGCUGUCCAAGCGGGUCAGCCGAGCUCUACAGCUUCCAUGAAUCAAAUGUAUGAUGUGAACCAAAACAUGGAUGGCUUACAAUCUACCGUACCCAUGGGUCAAUUCCGUCCUAACUCUCAAUCACAGAUGUCCGGUCUGGCAGAGACUGGCCCAGCUGCCGAGACCCUAAAACAGAUGGCUGCCCACCAUCAAAACCAACAACCCCCUCCAGCUUAUGUGUCGAUAAAAUCCUCGCCAAUGUCUCCCUAUUCGGAGCCACUGCAGGAGGACAGGUAUAUACAACACAGAAAUGGUUACCCAAACUACCAACAACAGGGAUUUUCUGGUAUGACUCAGCAGAAUGCUCAGAAUUCCGGUAUGUACCCUUACAAUCAACAGGUCGGCAGCCAUGUUCCUGUGACACAACAAGUGCAGACCAAGGACAGCCACCUCUCCUACGGGGGAACAAAACCCUUAUCUCAUUUUCCCAAUCCCAUCGCUGCCCAAGUGGGGCAGUCACCUUCAUCAUUGCAACAAUUGCAGAACCAAGUUCGUGCUCAGUUCAGCAAUGCUCCUACGCAACAAAUGCAAAUGUCGCAAAGCCAGCAAAUGCAGAUUUCUCAAGGUCAUCACCGCAUGCAAAUGUCACAAUCCCAGCAAAUGCAAAUGCAACAACCUCCUCAUCAGUUUUCCAUGUCUCAGCAGCAAUCGUUCACAAUGAGCUCAAACAUGACUCAAAACCAGAACCAGUUCGUCGGCGAUCCUGUGAAAAUGCAAAUGUACCAGGAGAAAAUGCGACAGGAACAGCAGCAACAACAACAACAGCAACAAUUGCUGGAACAGCAGAGGCGCGCCCAGAUGCACCAGUACAUGAACAGACCUCCGCCAGAAUAUAAAAUGCAAGGGAACCCUGGAAGUUCGGGUUUUCAAGUGAAUGGUAUGGGACCAAGCCCUCUGCAGACCAUGCAGAAUAUGGUGAAUCAGACAAACACUCUGCCUGGGGGAUACUCCCAGGUGAAGUCUGAGGUGGGGACCAUGAACCCUCAGGGUCAGGCCGUGCAAACAGGUGCUGUGCCUGGUGUACAGACAAUGGGCGCACAGGGUGUCCCUGGAUCGCAGGGUAUCCACCCUGACAUGGUCUCUAACAAUUCCUCUUCCAUGGAUAACUAUGCUGCGCAGCAAAUGCAAAGACAAAUGUUCAAGCAGUCCCAGAUGGCUGCUGUGGCACAAAAUCCUUCUGCUAUUGGGGUCGGUAGGGCCCCACGUCCAGCCGCGCCGACGUAUAGCAGCACAAUCAUGCGCAACCAGAGACCCCCAAAUGUGAAUGUGGGACCGGAGGGCCUGAACAUUUCUCAGCCACGUAACCCGGCUGAAUGGACCCGGCCCAUGAUGGGGCCAACCGGGCAACGGCAUCCUGGACCCCAACAGGGUCAGAUGGGCCGGCCCACUGCGCCAGGCAACAUGAUGCCAGCGUACGCAGCGUACAGUAACACUGCUUCAGGAAUGCAAAUGCAGCAACAACGAACGGGUCAGAUAAGUGCUAUGCAGGGACAAAGUGUGGUGAUGCAAAGCAGUGCUCAAGCAAUGAUGCAGCAACGAAUGCAAAUGUCGCAGCAAAUGGCUUUAAGACAGAACAUGGUGGCGACCAGUCAGUCGGCCACCCCUCCGUAUUCUGUGAACUCGUCCGGUGCCAUGCCGACCCCUAGCCAUCACCCGACCCACACCCAAAACACUCAUCCUCAGAACUCUUUCCCCUCAGCUGUGCCGACGACUCAAUCAGAUUUCCCGCUGGACUUCUUGGACAGUACUCAGUCUGCGAACUCUGACUUUUUUGACUCUAUGGUACAAAAUACCAAUUCUUCAGACUUUGCUAUUUUAGAAGAAAUUCUGGGGAAAUAGCUGAGUCUUCGAUGCAGAUAAAGGAGUAAAACUCAAUGUGUGGGUGAUAUUCCGUGUAUCUUACAUUUUAAGGGUAAGAAUGUCCUUCAUACAGUAUACAUUUGGCGGGCUUGUGAAAUCUGUAUCUUUGUAAAUACCUUUUGCUACCUGGGCCAAGCAAACCAGUAUUACUUAAAAACUUUUAGAUAGUUCCUGGGCCACGUAAUAUAACAAUUUAUAACAUCUAUUAUACGAUGUUGAUUUAGGUGCCCUCUAUAUCCAAUGGCUCUGCUAAUGUUAUUUGUAUUGUCGCAUAAUUCCUUGCUCUUGGAAAAACCAAAUAGUAUUUUUUAUAUAUGUAGUGCCUGCGAAUGGCCAUUUCGUAAUUUUUAGAAACUCCUCUCUGAGGUAAAACUUUGUACAAGGUUUAAAUGACACGAUAUCGACUUUUACGCUAUUAUGGAGUAGACCAAGUCUCGUAUACACGUGUUCAGAAAGACAAUCAGCUUCCGCAUAUAUAUUCUACCUGGUUUCUGGUUUAUACUAUUUACUGCCACACCAUGCAGACUUCUAAUUAGCUAUGAGAUAAUGGUAAUAUGAAAUAGUUGAUUGAAGUAUCAGUCUGCUCACUCUAGAUGCGUCUGUAUUUACGGUAUACAGUGAACGGUAAAUGAAGUCUGGCCUGAAAUUACAACUUGCAUGCAAGAUAUGCUAUUGUCAUCGUUUGACCGGGCCUUAAUGGGAAAGUAUAGCCCGCCUAAGCCAAGUCUGUCCAGCGGUGGGCGGUAUUCCCUUUUGCUCUUUUUUGUAAUACAUCGUCACCAUAUGAUUGCGAAUACUGCUAACGUGGCGUAAAGCUAUACAGUCAGUUAUUCUGUAAAACGUUGCAGUUUCUGUAUAACUUUGCAUGUGAAGCAAAAAGUUAUACGCAGUUCACAAGCACAACAGCGUAAAGGGAGAAUUCAUGUGGUUUUUACACAAACUAGAGGAGACUUUUUUUAGGUGGCAAAUGUUCCCCGUUCUUGUCUUGAUCGUAUGCUACGGUUUGCUCCACACAGUCCCAAAAUUAUACUGUCAACCUUUGUUGGCGAAGUUUAGAAAGAAAUGACCUUUACGUUCAGCAGGGUGAAUAGGAUUACCUUGCACCAUUUCCCUCCAGAAAUGCAUCUACAUUCUCUAGCGUAAAUAUACAUUUGCUUCGAAUGAAGUGAGCACAGCAUUCUCAUUUCAACUGAGGAUCACCGUUAACGGUGAUUUGUUAUGCUUUUUAAUAAGUUUUCGUCUUCCGCCAAGAAGCUCACUUAAACCAACCAUCCCAUCGACCGUUUCGUAAACAUUUUACACAUAUAUCGCUCUGAAGCUGAAAACGAACAACCAUACUGUACAAUUUUUGUCAUGCAUCGUUUUUUUUUCUUGUUUUAUCAUGGUUACAACCGUGUUUAUGAUGUUUUAUGGCAAUAAACAUGGUAUCUACAACGACAUCUCGAUUUUGUCGGUUUUGUUUUAUAGUCGAAACUUUGUGCUCAUAAUGGCAGAAUAGUUAGAGAAUCAUAUCUAGAUUGGUUUGAUUCCUUCGGCAUUGAGAAUAAAUCAUUUUGUUUUGCAGAUUUUCAGUUAUAUAUUUUAUAACAUAAGACGAGGUUUUGUUUUAAGCGUCUAUUCUAAAAUAUAUGUACCGGCUCUGUAAGAGAAUUCAAAACAGUAGUUGAAGUACGGUAUACAAAGCCGAGUACAAGUUUUUAGGCGGGCUUCUGCAUUGCUUUGGAUUUCAACCAGACCUUGAAAAUUGUCCUCAACCUACAUGGAGCUUUAUACCAAGGAGGUGUUUUACGUUUGUCUGCAUUCUUUUACCUUUG